CAGCUCAUUUACAUAUCUCUCCUGCGCAGCGCCCUCGCUUGACCCUUAAGGUAAAGCUCUCACUUAGCCAAUUGUCUUGAGUGAGUCAUUCCACCACUAGCACUGGUACUGUAAACACCACACAGUGUCCUGCCACUUCUACACAUGUUCUUAGUUAAUGCCUCAAGAUUUUGUGGAUGACUCGACUGGGGGUUUGUUUUGUUUGUGUAAGAUGCAGUUCACCAUUAAAUGAACCAGUCACAGUAAAUGUACACCAUCCUUGUCGUGUCACAUUUCCCAGUGUCACAUUUGGCGUCGUAGACAGGAUGGUGUACUAAUACUGCAUCUACCCCCAGUCGAGGAUGAGGCGAAACUAACGGCAGACAACUGACCCCGAGACGAGCUGCUACAGUUAUCAAGAAUGGAGGGAAUGGAGCAACUGCGGGCCGAGCUUGAGGCGAUGAAGGUAGCUCUUCAGGCGGAGAAGGAGGAGCGUGAGAAAGCCACAGCAGGCGUCAGCUCCACUACCCCACCAGCGAAGCAAAUAUACGUAGCGGCAGGGAGACGGCUGGACCGCUUCAGGGGAAAGCCAGAGAAACCGAGUGAUCCAUCUGUCCAAGAGUGGGUCAGUGACGUCAAAGGUCAGUUGACUGCACGACAGAUCGGAGGGGAGGACGGUGCUGCGUUUAUCAUCGACCAUCUUGCCGGCAGAGCUAGGCAAGAAAUCCUUGGCAGAGGUGACACCGUAAAGAGUCCAGAGGAAAUCUACCGUGUACUGCUGAAAGUCUUUGGUGAUGGUGAGACGCUUCCCCAGAUCCAGCAAAAGUUUUUCUCCUUCCGACAAGGCCAAGGAGAAGAUCUACUGAGUUUCUCCCUCGAGCUCAUGGAAUUGUUUAAUUCCAUGGCUCGCCUGGAUGUCUCCUUCAAUGCUACAAGAGAUAAAACGCUGAAGGGAAGACUAGCCGAGGCAGUUUAUGAUGAGGGUCUACGGAGAGAACUGCGGCGCAUGAACAUCGAUUCGCCAGAGCUGAGUUUCUUCGAUGCCAGAGACCGUGCCAUCGAGUGGCUUGGCACCAGCCGUGUCAAAACCCAGAAGGCAGUAGCAGUACAGGAGGUCAAGGCUGAAGACGGGGCACAUGGCAUGAAGGCACUUCUUGAGAGGCAGGGUGAACAACUGCAGCGGCAACAGCAGCAGAUUGAGGCACUCUUACAGGCCAUGCAACGACCUGCUCGCCGUUGGAGUCAGGGUCCUAGACGUUGCUACAAUUGCCAGUCCACAGGUCAUCUCAAACGAGACUGUCCCCAUGCCCCGUCAUCCCCGUCGUCAGGAGGAACGAGUCAGGGUACCAGGGAUCCCCAGCAGUUUGUCCCCCAGCAGUCUAUGGCACAGCACUUUGUCCCCCAGCAGUCCACGGCCCAACAGUUCGUUCCUCAGCAGUCCCCAGUACAGCAGUUUGUCCCCCAGCAGUCCCCAGCACAGCAGUUUGUCCCCCAGAAGCCUGGCCCUCAGUUAAACUAGAACGGCCUGUCAUUGAGAGCCACACGGCAGGCCCACAAGAAUCAACUAAUAGCGGCUCAAUCUACAGAAAAGUGGUAGGGCAGUGUCCAGAAUCUGUCGUCCAGCUUGGUGCAUCAAGGGUGCGUUGUCUACUUGACACAGGAGCGCAAGUUUCAACGAUUACUGAAUCUUUCUUCAGAGAACACUUUCCUGAGACAGAAUUAGUAGAUGUGACUGCGUUCAUCAGCAUCUCCGGUGCUCAAGGUCUGGCCAUUCCCUACCUCGGCUAUGUUGAAUUGCCACUAACAGUGCUGGGCCACUCUUUC